AUGGGGCGCUAUGUAAGUAGCAACAAAGCAAUUUGGCGUAUAUUUUCAUUUGCAAUCCAUGAAAGAUACCCUACAGUAGUCCAUUUAGAAAAUGGUCAACGAGUUUAUUUUAAUGAAUCGAACGCGGCAGACAGAGCGGCACGUCCACCAUCGACAACAUUAACAAGUUUCUUCACAGUCUGUCAUACUGAUGAUUUUGCUCGCACUUUGCUGUAUGCUGACAUGCCACGCUAUUACAUAUGGAACGCAUCAUCGAAUGUUGUUAGUAAAUGUUCGUAG